AUGAAAAUAAUACACCUGUCCUUGCAGCCCGACCAUCACCAGGACUACGGUAUUUCCUCCAGAACUGAAGAUAAAAAUUUCCAAAGGUUGCUCGGAGGUUUCAUGGUAGCACUGUUCGUCGGCCUGUCCCUACUGGUCCUAGGCGUCUUGUUCUCUCUCCAUAUCGUGCGCGGCGCACCCUUAAUGCUGACCCCUGGACCCUGGUGCACCUCAGACGGAUGCUUGCAGCAGGCGGGGUACCUCCAAAGAAGCGCGAACACGUCCGUGCGACCGUGCCAAGAUUUCUACUCAUUCGUUUGCCACAACUGGGCACCAGACCGAAACUCCCAACAAGUCGAGUACAUCGCUGACGUCCCAGCCGAAAUGAGGAACCACUGGAGACUAAAGAACGCAGCGCUACUGUUCAACGGCAGCUUAGAGCCUCCUUCAUUUGAGAGGGCUUCGGCGGUCUUCAAGGCGUGUAUCUUGAGAACUGAAAAAGAUCAAACAAGCGAUCUUGAAAAAUUUAAAACGAUAAUGCGGGACGCGGGCAUUCCUUGGCCGGAUGAUCCGUCAUCCUUGAAGCACCCGCUGGCUGUGCUUCUGGACUUGGAUGCCAAUUUGGGAGCCCCAGUGUGGUUUAAAGUCAGAGUUCAGGGCGAUCUAGGCAGUCCGAGGGUGGUCAUUGAGCCGAAUUACUUGUACGACACUCUUUAUAAAGGUCUCGACAAGCCCACAAGUAUCAAACGCAUGGCUGAGUUUCACCAGAUGUAUGGCACCCAGCCCAAUACGACGGAGCUAGAAGAAUCGGCGGAUUUAGAUAUGCUCAUCGCAACUUCUCUUCGUGACAGCCUGGAAAACCGUGAAAAUAAUCCUCAACUCACAAGUAUUGGCGAUCUCCAUCAUAUUACCCCCGAUAUAAAUAGUAGCUACUGGCUGUCCCUCUUCAACCACCACUUUGAACAAGCUUUAUUGGAAAACAACGACGCGAUUCUCAUCCAAAAUGCUCAACUGCUUUCCUCAAUCACUUUCUUUGUCGGAAAUAUUUCCAACAAGAAGAUGCUUCACGUAAUCGGGUGGUGGUUCGCUCAAUUAUACACAAGCGUGGCCGACGUAAGGGCACUCCGAAUUAUUUUUGGUGCGUUAGAUAAGAAUUUACUCGGUGCAAUUUGCCUUCACCAGAUAAAGCAGCGAUACGGUGCGGCCGUGCUGACCGGAUACGUCGGGAGCCAGUUUACCAAAGAGCACAAGACUGCCGUAGAAAGAGUGCUGAAUAGCGUACAAAUCCAACUUACAAAUAAACUUCGGAGUGUGAACUGGACCACCGAAACACGAAGAGAAGAGAUGCUGGAAAAGGUUAAUUCCACCAGAAUUUACAUAUGGCCUUCGCCAGCGUUUGAAGUGACGUUCAACGAGACGUUUCCAGAAGCCCCGUCUUCAUAUUUCGAUUUUUGGGCAACCAGGACAAAAUCGUUACGCGAACAGAAGGCAUCUCAAAAGAAGCGGCGCAACGACAUCAACCUACUGCCGGGCUACACGGAUCCGAUGUUCAGCUACGACCAGUGGGAGAACGCAGUGUCGAUAUCCUUAGCAACACUGUCUCCGCCUUGGUAUUACAAGGACGGGAGCGCUGCGAUCAUCUACGGUACCCUCGGCUGGCACUUCGCUAGAACUUUAUCCAUGGCCAUCGUUAGCACAGUAAGUUUAUUUCUCAAAACGUGA